CAAAGACUUAUCAGAAUGUGAGUCCCUUACAUUGUUACCGAUGCUAGAAAGGAUACGCAGACGGUUGGGCUGGACCGGUUUGCUGUUUCUGGCGGGCGCGCUGGUGAUGUCUCGCGCUUGCACCUCCGGGAAGUGCCUAAACCAAGGCUCGAGAGUGUUCUACCGCACCAACAACACUCCUCAGUGGUCGGAUGCUAGCGUUUUCAUCGGAGGCGAUACGGUGGCAGAGGUUCGCCAUGACGAUAACAGAACUUCCUGCAGACUCACCUUGAUCAACGGCGACAAGGACCGAGAAGAAGUCCUCCGAGCAUUCCCCAAUGCUUCUGAUAUCCCGUUGAAGGACAUGAUGCAAUUGAUCAAAAAAUGCGGCGAAGCGGAGGGAUUCUUCGAAGAGAGGAGUUGGACGGCGAAGAAGCUCUCAAUGUAUCCAGGUACCUUAUGGUGUGGACCUGGUGAUUAUGCAUCGAACUACUCUCACCUUGGCGAGUCAAGUGACAUCGAUCGGUGUUGCAGAAAUCAUGACUUCUGCCCGAUAAAAAUCUAUGCUGGGCAAACGAGGUUCGGACUGAAACCGCCGUUUUUAAAAGCGUCGCUGUUGUGUGAAUGCGAGCAGGCGUUCGAUGAGUGCCUUCGCGAAGCAGAGAAUGCGAGCUCGGAUCCCAGUUCGAUCCGGCAAUAUUACUUCAAUUUGAUCGAUGCUCCCUGUCUCUAUCGAGAUUCGGAUGGGACAUAUAGCCUGAUGAGUUUCGAGGAAUACAAUUCCACUCUCACUACAUCCCCCGAUUGACGGGAUUCCAAGCCUGGAUUUGUUAACGCACUACUUGCAAUUGAGUCUCGACCGCCCCCGGAUCGUUGCGGGGUCGAGCUCCACCUGAUCCUCAGGCAGCACUCAUUGUUGAACAUGAAUCAUUGAAGGUAGUUUAUUAUGUUUCGCGAAUGAUCCUGAACAGCUCUCGCCGGUUUAGCGUGGGUCAGUUUGACAUUGACAAUG